UAGCUUUAAGGUGUCAAGCAUAUCUUCUAUUACUACUCUCUCUCUCUCUCUCAUUCUCUCUCUAUGAGAUGUACCUUCCUUUUCCAAAGGGUGUUUGUGUACUAUUUUUAUUGUCAUCGUAUAAGAUGCUUCAUUUUCUUUCCUUAAACCUUGUCUAGUUCUUGGUGACAACAUAUUUUUUUUUUAUUUCUUAUUUUUCUCUAAAUGGAUCUUGGUGUUAUGAGUUUAGAAGGUUUGGUUAGUUCAGAAACAGGGUUAGUUUCUUCAGAUCCUGAACAAAAGAACAAAUGGUAUGGAUCUAGUUUACUCAAACAACAAAGAUCUGAAACUAGUAAUGAAGAUUUGUUGUUAAGAAGUUUCAAACUUGCAAAAACUCAUGAUGAUGAUGAUGAUAAAACAACAACAAUGAUGUUUCAACAACAAAGAAACAACAAUACUUCACUUUUGAGAUCUAAUGUUACAACUACUUCUCUGUUUUCUGAUGGUCAACACCAACAACAAAUGCUUAGUUUUUCUUCACCAAAAUCAGAAACUUUUUUACUUGACAAGACAACCCAAAAUGCUACAUUGCCUUAUCAUCAUGCUUACCAUCCAAUGUCUAGUUACAACAGAAAUACAGGUUACAGUUCUGGAAACAUGCAUGGUGGUUUAACAUGUGGUAGAGGACCAUUCACACCUUCUCAAUGGAUGGAGCUUGAACAUCAAGCCUUGAUCUAUAAGUAUAUCACUGCAAAUGUUGCUGUACCUCAUCAUUUGCUUAUUCCUAUAAGAAAAGCUCUUGAUUCUGCUGGCUUAUCUAACUUCUCAACUGCACUCCUCAGACCUAAUGCAUUGGGAUGGGGAGGAUUCCAUCUGGGAUACUCGAACAACACCGAUCCGGAGCCAGGAAGGUGUAGGAGAACAGAUGGAAAGAAAUGGCGAUGCUCGAGAGAUGCUGUUGUCGAUCAAAAGUAUUGCGAAAGGCAUAUGAACAGAGGACGCCAUCGUUCAAGAAAGCCUGUGGAAGGCCAAUCAGGCCAGGCUCUCACCACCACCAAUCCGACUACUACUACUACUACGACUACUGCUACUACUACUACUUCAAUUAUUCCGCCAAGUGGUUCGAAGCAGAUCAAUGCUGCUUCUCCUUCUUCAUCCAUUGUUGUUCCUGGUAACACUGCUUCCAACACUCUUACCUUUGCACACCAGGAACAAUCCAAGAAUAUGAAUAACUUUCUUUCACCAGAUAAUGCUUCUGCUGCCAACACCAUCAACAGGAUGUUCAUGAAUAAUAACAAGGAGAAUAAUAGCACUACUGAGAGGAUGCAGCAGGAUGGUCCUGCACUUCCAAUGCUGCCACCAACUCUUGAGUUGAAACCAAAGGAAAAUCACCCUUUCAUCAUUCAAAAACAUCACAUUCCUUAUGAUGAAUCCUCAAGGAACAAUGAAUUUGGCUUUGUCACUUCCGAUUCACUUCUCAACCCUUCACAGAAAACAUCCACCUUGCUUGGAAGCAGAACCUUUGGUUCAUCAUCACAGAACCCUGCAAACCGAGACACAGCAUCUCAACAUUCCCUCAGACAUUUCAUCGACGACUUCCCGAAAACUCACUCCGAUCACCAUCAUAACAAUCGCUCGAGUGGUUUUUCGUGGCCGGAACUCGACAUGCAGUCAGAUAGGACACAACUAUCAAUUUCCACACCAAUGACUUCUUCGGAUUUCAUGUCGUUCUCUUCAUCAGCUGCCAAUGAAAAGCUCACACUUUCGCCUCUUAGGCUUUCAAGGGAAUUAGACCCUAUUCAAAUGGGUUUAGGUGUUGGAAAUAGUACUAGUUUCAAUAACAAUGAAUCAUCAAACACUAGUACUAAUUCUAAUGCUAAUGCCACUUCAAGGCAAGCUAAUUGGAUUCCAAUUACAUGGGAAAGUUCAAUGGGAGGUCCACUUGGAGAAGUUCUUCAUCUUAGUUCAAUUACUUGCAACGCAAGCGAAGAUCACUACAGCAGUAUCAACAACAACAAUAACAAUAACUCGUCCGCGUUGAAUCUCAUGACUGACGGUUGGGACAAUCACAAUAGUCCUCCGAUGGGAUCGUCGCCCACCGGAGUCCUACAAAAGACAGCAUUUGGAUCACUUUCAAAUAGUAGUGCUGGUAGUAGUCCAAGGGCAGAGAAUAACAAGACACAAGAAAGUGCAAGUUUGUGCAAUGAUCUUCUAGGUUCAACUCUUGGGGGGAAUGCUUCCUUUACUCCAUAAAGGAAGAAUAAAAAAAAGGAGAAAUGAAGAGACAAAACAAUUUCAAUUUAUGAGUUAUGAGUUUUUUUCAUAUAUAUAAUAUUUAUAUUAUAUGGUUAUUUUUAUGUUAGAAUUUGGAAAGAUGUUAAUUUUUUUUUUAAUAGUUGUUAAUUAGCUAGACCUAGCCAAUGCCAACAUGAUUUGGAAAUGUAGGUAAUUGGUUUGGUUGACUUUUGUUGAUGUUUUUUAUUUUUCAUGUGAUGUGGGAGUGAUUUGGCAAAGUUUGUUGUUGUUGUUGGAUGCAAAAACAGUAAAGUGAUGUUGGUUGAAGUGUGGACUUAAAUAUUUAUUUUCUUUGUUUA